CAUAUGGAUUUCAUAUAAAUUUUUGCAUACAAGAAAUAAACCUGAAGCCACAAAGGCUCCUCUUUAACCACUAAUUAAGGACUAGCCAUGGCUUGUGGGAAGACACAGAAGCAUGUUAUCACCUUCAACAUCAUAGUCGUCAUACUGCUUUGUUUACUCACUUCUCUUGAUAAUACACUUGCAAAUAUCUGGCCAAACCACGGGAGUGAUUUAAGAAAUACAAGGAACGCAAAUGGAGAAGUUCGAAUCAACCCACGAAGCGUAUCGAACUUGCGACUACGAUGGAAAUUCUUUGCUGGUAAAGAUAUUUCAGCAACCCCUUCAGUAGCAGAUGGAGUGAUCUAUUUUCCAUCAUGGAAUGGAAACUUAUACGCAGUGAAUGCCUUCAAUGGUGCUCUCAUAUGGAAGCAGAAUCUCACUGAGCUAACUGGACUAACUGGCACGGGGAUCACGGUCAAUGUCACCGUCUCCAGAACAACACCAGCGGUAGCUGCUGACUUGUUGAUCGUUGGAAUAUAUGGACCUGCUGUUGUCAUCGCUGUGGCUAGAUCAAAUGGGAGGUUGGUUUGGUUGAGACAAAUUGACCCUCGUCCUAGAGUCAUCAUAACUUGCUCUGGAACUGUCUACUUGGGGGCAUUCUAUGUGGGUGUUUCAUCACUGGAAGUAACAUUACCAGCUAAACAAUGUUGCACAUUCCGAGGCAGUCUAGUAAAGCUAAAUGUCAGGACCGGUGCAAUUCUUUGGCAAACUUUUAUGCUUCCCGACAAUGGUGGAAAAUUAGGAGGUUACGCUGGAGCUGCAAUAUGGGGAAGCAGUCCAGCCAUCGAUAUAUCCAGAAGACAUGUUUAUGUAGGAACUGGGAACCUCUACAUAGCCCCACCAGAAGUUCUAAGAUGCCAAGAAGAACAGAACAAUCAAACAGGAAAACCAAACCAUCCUGAUCAAUGCAUUGAGCCAGAUGUCCAUUUCAAUUCAAUCUUAGCGGUUGAUAUUGAUUCAGGGAAGAUCAUAUGGUCCAGGCAAUUGGGUGGCUAUGAUGUAUUUUAUUUUGUUUGUUUAAUUCCAAAUAACCCUGAGUGUCCUCCUGGCCCCAAUUUGGAUGCUGAUUUUGGAGAGGCACCUAUGUUGCUUACCACACAUCGUAACGGAAGGAGACGAGACAUUGCGGUAGCUGUUCAAAAGAGUGGCUUUGCUUGGGCUCUCGACCGUGAUAAUGGAGAUAUUGUUUGGUCUAAAUUGGCAGGACCUGGCGGAAAGGAAGGAGGAGGGAUAUGGGGUGCAGCAACAGAUGGGAAAAGGGUGUAUACGAACAUAGCAAACAGCAAUGAAGAGAAGUUUACCCUUGCCCCAUCGAACUUGACAACAACCGCAGGCGCAUGGGUUGCUCUUGAUGCAAAUUCAGGGAAUAUUUUGUGGUCAACGGCUAAUCCAAGCGAUGACAAAGCCAUGGGACCAGUCACUGUUGCAAAUGGUGUUGUUUUUGCUGGGUCUGUAGCUUCUAAUGGUCCAAUAUAUGCCAUGGAUGCAAACAGCGGAAAGAUUUUAUGGUCAAAUAAUACUGGUGCUACUGUUUAUGGAGGUGUUUCAGCCGGUUAUGGGUGCAUUUACCUCGGAAAUGGAUAUUCAGUCGGCCUGGCAAAGUUCCACCCUACUUGGACUCCAGGAACUUCGCUUUUCGCUUUCUGUGUUGCAUGAGAGACAUGCUAGUUAUAGCAAAGAAUUGUCAACAACUAUAAGCUUCAGGAGAGGUGCAAAAACAUCUCCCACAGAAGCUCAAUGAAAUAAGAUCAUUGUAACAGACUUAAUGACAUAUUUACCUCAUCUAG